GCCAGCGCCCUGCAGAGCCUGCCGAUUGAUGUACAGUUAUACAUUAUGUCCUUUCUCUCACCCCAAGACCUGUGCCACUUGGGAAGUACAAACCAAUAUUGGAGGCUAGCUGUACGAGAUCCAUUGCUAUGGAGAUAUUAUCUCUUGAGGGAUCUCCCAUCUUGGUCUUCUGUUGACUGGAAGUCACUCCCAGAUGUGGAAAUCUUUAAUAGAGCCUUUUCUGAGAUAAAUGAUAAUAUACUCUAUGACUACAUGGCAAUAUACAGAAAGAGCUGUCAGCAGAAGAGGAGAAGUCUGAAAUCAAACCGCCCCAAGUAUAGAGCUGUGACUUCCUUUUUGCAGUCACUCGUCACACAGGCAGAGCCUCGCUUUGCCAUGUUUGGACCAGGUUUAGAGGAGUUGGAUGAAUCCUUGGUGGUAAAGAUGAUGACUUGCCCAGAGACGUUGCUAAUAGCAGAUUUGCCUCUAAGACAAAUUCACGGGAUUGGAUCAGGAAUCAGUUUUUAUUUUAAUAAUAAUCAGAAAUUCAACAUUCUGACAUUGUAUUCGACUACCAGCGUGGAAAGAAAAAGAGCAAGAAGAGAACAAACGGUUACAGUCAAUAAGAUGUUCUACCAAGAGAGCAGCAUUGAGGGGAAUCAUCAGGCAGUUCAUUAUAAUGUAAUUGCCCAAGUUAAAAAGGUGUGCGAAGUAGUUGAUGGAUUCAUCUAUGUUGCUAAUGCAGAAGCUAAUAAAAUACACGAUCGUCAGGAUGAACUUGCCCAUAUUUUGGCAAUGAUUGAUCCAGCUCUUGGACCCCCAAACAGACCUGUGCUGUUUUUAUCCUGUACCUCUUAUGAGGAUGUUAAAAGAAUUCCAUGUGUUUACAUGGCACACCAACUGCAACUAAACCAGCUAAGGCAGCCAUGGAUGGUGCAGGAUACUGUAGCUGCUAAUUUAACUGGACUGCUAAAUGGAGUUGAGUGGUUACUUGAAGAAGUUGAACAUAAAAAUGUACAGUGAUCAAACUUAUUUUGCCAUACUGUAUAAACUAGAAAGCUUUACUUGUAUUUGCAAAGCACAUGGAGGGAGAAUCUCACCCUGACAUUGCACUAUCUGAUAAGAAAAUUAAAAGGCAGGCCCUGCAUUUUUGCAUAUAUUUUAAAAGUUAGCAUUCUUCUAACACAGAUUUGGAUUAUUGCAACCAUAAGCAAGCAUGGCUGGAUGCCAGUAUUCAAUUAAAAAAAAUAUAUCUUGGGUUUGGGUUGGGUUAGAUUGGAUUUGGUUUUAAAUUGCACUCUUUAUAGUGCCUUCCUUUCCCAGCACCUUUUAUAAGUUAAACCAGUGGUACUCACAGUUUUGGUCUUGCAGGUCAGAUGAAUGCUGCAAGGCUGAUCUGCAGGCCAGAUCAGGCUCUAUGCACCAGGAUCAGGUCCUGGGGCUCCGAGCUGCCUUCAAAGUUUGAUCCUAGAUGGGUGGGGGUAGUGCAGGGCCCUGGGGCCUGAUUCUGGCCAGGUAGAGGUGGUACAGGGCUCUGUGCCAUCCCUAUCUAGCCAGGCUCCAUGCUGCCCUUGCCCAGCCAGGAUUGGGCUCCAGGGGUGUCAUGCUGCCCCUGCCCACCCCACCAUGUGCCAGGAUUGGACCCUUUGCUGCCCUGCAUGCCUGAUCUAGUGUGCAAGGCCACAACUUGCAGGGCUCCUCACAGGAUCCACGGGGAGUCCUGCAGGCUGGACGGCACAGCCCGAGGGGCUGGAUCUGGCCCUCAGGCCAGGGGUUGAGCACCUCUGGUUUAAACCAUUUUGUAGAUAUUUCAGCCACUGUUAGCUUAGUUCCAGCACAGCUCUCUCCUUGUCAGCGUAAUUGGAUUAAUUAAGUGUAUUUAUUGGAGAUAGCAGAAAUCAGACACCUGACUCUUGCAUAGUAUAUUCCUUAAAUGGUUAACAGAAGUGUGCCAUAUACCGUAAAUACAAGGACUCUUUGGAGGAGCAGUGUCUAGACCUGUGCUUCUCAACCUUUUGUUAUUCAAGGUACCCUCCAUAACUUUUCUGAAUUUGGCAGAAUCCCACUUGAAGCAUUGCUGUACUGAUUCAGCUCACCUCAGUGCUUCUCAGCUCAGGUGCUGCUGCUGCCACUAGGUGAAGUCCCAUGCUCAUCUCGGGUUGAGUGCAGAGCCUGAUUGGGAAGCAGCUGACUGCUUGUGCUACAACACUUCCCAGUCUGGCCACCCAAGUUCUUCCUGACAUGGGACAGUUCUUUGUGGCAACAACAGCCUAGAUAAAUGCAAAAAAACAUAAGAUCAAUCUCCAGGCUGUUGUUCAUCCGCUACUGCAGGUGGAACUGCCCCAUGGACCUGCAUGCUAAAUCCAGUAUGUAGGUUUGUUCCAGCAUGGGUCCUAUGUAUAGUGCAUGUGCCAGAUUGCCCCCACUUAUUGUGUACAGUGUGCAUGCCUGAUCUAUCUCUGUCCAGUGUGUGGGGAUGGUUUGGUGCAUAGUGCAUACAGUGUGUGGGCUUAGACUGAGACCUGCAGGCAGCACCAAAUGACAAGGGCUAGAUAUGGCCUGUGGGCAGUAUCUCUGAAAUACCUUCUCUAGGGGAUGAAGCCCUUAUUUUUCGUAUCACUGGAUGGCAUCAUCACGACCCAAAGCAAACUUCUUGACUACCAGGCUCUUGUCAUCCCUUCCCUGUUGUAUGGUGUGAAACCUGGACAACAUAUUGGUACACCUGAAAGCCUUGGAACAUUACCAUCAGCAAUGCCUUCAGAAAAUCCUCCAUAUCAGUUGGAAGGAUGGAAUGGAUAUCAAUUGGAAGAAAAUGAAUGCCAGUGUUCUUUCUCAAGCAAACACCACCAGCAUUGAAGCCGUGUUUUAUGGCACCAGCUCUGUUGGACAGGACAGAUCAUAAAGAUACCUGUCAACCUGAGAACAGGUCCUAUACUCAACUUGCUAAUAGUCACAACUAUAGAGAUGGGCAAAAGAGAUUCAAGGAGACCUUGAAGACUAAUCUGAAGAAAUGCAAUUUUAAUACCUGGGAGACUCCAGCACUGAAUUGUCCUCAGUGGUGCUGUGAAUUGCGACAAGGGAGUGCAACAAAGCAUUGACCAUUUUGAGCAAACUUGCCUCACUAUGGAGGUAAAUAGGUGAGAGAAACAAAGGGAAAGAGCUGUUUUGUGUAUGUAUGGUUCUUCUAUAAGAUACUUUAUAGGAAUGUAUCUGGUACAAUAUUCUGUUGCUAUUCAGGAUAAAGUACAUACAAAUAAGCAUAAUUUGUAACGAGACUGUGUGAAUUCCUGCCAGUUGUAAAUAGCAAUAAUAAUAAUUCUGCAAUGGCUUAUUCUGUCCUGUGGAGGGGAUGUACAUCACUCUCUAAUCCUUCUGCACUACCACAACAAUGUGGCUUGGGCAGGAGGAUUCAGUCUCCUCUAAGGCUGGUGGAGAUCUUAAAUCACAACCUCUUUCCCUGGAACUUGUGCUUGUUCUAAGAUACGGCAUUUCUGACUGGUUUUUCCCCUGUGUGUCUUCAUUGGCAAGUUUUACAUCUGAUUUUAAUGUUCUGUUUAUGCAAUAAUUAUUGUAAAGGCAUUUUUCAUGUUUUUCCUCCUCAAAAUGUAUUGAUAAUAAAUUAUUUUUAAAGGUG